UUCCUACUUUCGAGUAGCGCUGUGUUUAUGUCAGGUGGUAACGGACGGUUUUUAUUGUGUUCAGGUUUUGAUUAUUUUUUAAUUAAACACUGUAAUAAUCCAUAUCGUGGUGUUACAGUGUCGAAAAUGUCGCCUGCCGCGGGCUUCCACGCGCAGCUGGCCUCCAUCAUGGAGGUUCUGGCGAACACGGCGGUGGCGGAGAUCUGUGAGCUGGUGGACAGCGGAUACUCGGUGCUGCAGCUGGAGAUCUCCCGCAGCCGCAAAGAGAACGAGCUGCUGCGGAGAAAACUGCGCCUGCUGGAGCUCAGAGCGGCGCGCGGCUCCGCGCUGCGCUCCGCGGCCGCAGGAAGCGGCGCCGCGCAUCACCGCAGCAACGCCGCACGCGCAGGUGGAGCACCAUCAUGCAGAGUGUCCAUUCAUGAGACUCCAGGGGGCAGAGACGUAGAGUCAUCCAGCGACAGCAGUCAGAAGAGCCCACAGCCAGCAACAAAGAUGAAGGUGAAGCCUGCUGCAGUGGAGACAGUGGAGCUGAUGGAUGCGGUGAUCAAAGUGGAGGAUGACGAUGAUGAGGACGAGUCCUGGAACAAAACUGAGCAGGACAAAGAUUUUUCCUGCAACAACAGGCAGAAUGUGGAACCAGAAGCUCCGCCCACACUGACACUUCAUGAUGUUGAGGAAGGGGGCGUGUCUGGUUUGUGGGUGAGCACGGAGGUCAGCUCCAGCUCCACAUCAGUCCAAAGGGAGACGGCAGAAACCAGCACCGGGCCAGACCCGCUCGAUUAUGACUGUUUAAUGUAUGAGCCAAGCCACGAUGCCCACAUUACCCAGAAUGCUGUGCCUGAGGAUCCCAGCUGUUCCUAUGCGGUGAACACCAGUGCGAGCGUUUCGGCCGAUACGAGCAGUUUUCCUUUUGUUGUCAGUGGUGUGAGUUUGCCUGCAGUAGAACAGAGCGGCCAGAAGAGGGCGGCACUGCCCUCAGGGAAGCCUCCUGAUGGCUUCAGCAGCGCAGCCAAUCACAGCAGCGACGAUGGUGGGGGGAAGGUGUUUGUCUGCAGCCGCUGUGGGAAAACACUGGCCUGCCUCAAGAACCUUAAGACGCACAUGCGAGUUCACACAGGGGAGAAACCGUUUGGCUGCGUGCUGUGUGGAAAACGCUUCUCCGAUUCCAGCAACCUGAAACGGCACCAGAGCGUGCACACCGGCGAGAAGCGCUAUGGCUGCGUUCACUGCGGCAAGCGGUUUGCACAGUCAGGAUCACUCAAAGUGCACAUGAACGUGCACACCGACUGCAAACAGUUCAGGUGCAACUACUGCGGCAAGACCUUCAUCUCCGGGAACCACCUACGGCGCCACGUGACUGUCCACGAUGCGGACAAACACCUCCCUGCUCCCUUACAGUGACAGAGGUCAAAGGUCAAAUGUUCCACGUGGCUAACAGUGAAAACGCUGAAUAAAAACGGCAACAAAGACUUCCAUCGCCACGCAUAUCAGCAAUAUUCUAAAAAAUUUAAAAAUUCUAAUGAAGAUACAUGAAGUGGGGUAUAGGGGGCGCUACACAAUCUUGGUUUGUGAAGAGGUCUGUUAAUUAUGAGUCCAUCUUUUACGUUCUUUUAUAACAUCUUUCACGAACAUUUUACCAUUUUCGAACAAUUUCAUGCACACAGUAAUUGUUUAAAACAAAGAUGCUGGUGAGUGAUAACGCCGCCCCCUGCAGGCCAGCCCCUUCUUUUAGCCUCCCAAAGACUUGUUUAAAAGUGUGCUGGAGUUUGAAAGUUAAAGGUGAAAUGUGAAUCUUUAUAGGCCACAAUACACGCCCCUCUAAAGCUCUGUUUUGUGCAACACACGGGGGGAGGGGAAUCUUAAUUCUUGAAUGGAAAUUUAAAAAAAAUAUUGUUCAGAAAAUGUUUAUCCCCACAUCAUUUUUCUGUUUUUUUAAUAUUAGUACAUUGUAAUUUGUAAUUCUUUUCCAACAUGGCCAAUGUGGAUCUGGCUGAAUCUGCUGUGGUGACCCUGAUCAUAAGGGUACAGCUGAAAGCACAGCAACAACGGCACUUGAUGUACCAGAGGAAAACACUCGUUUUCAUCAGCUGCAUGUCAUAAAUUCAAGAGCCCCCCCUUGAUCUGUCUGAUCAGGGAUGCAUUUCCUACAAAGCCUUACCAGUUUUAGGGUUAGGUUGCCCCCACCAUUGUUGCACAAAAAUGAAACAUAUUACAUGGCCCAUGGACUAUUCUGACUUUAAAGUGAACAAUUUAAUCUGUAAACUGUUUUUUGUCUUUCUAAUAAAUAAUCAGCAGCAGCA